CGCCAGGUGGCGUGUGUCAGGGGUGUCUUGUCCGGAAUGAGCUCCCAACUAGUAUUUCCUCGUGAAACAUCUGACGCGACGACUUCACGCCGACUUCACGCCUUCUUUCAAUCAGUGUUAUAAACAGGCUACCCUGCCAACAGUCAGUGUUGGCAGGAACCUGGAAAUGGAAACACAGAUAAGCACAGAGUAGGAGGGGCUUUCAGAGGUGAGAGUUAAAUCAUCGUUUUCCUCAUCUAUCCUACAGCGUCUGUCAACAUGUCUGCUCUGACAAACCCCGCCAUUACACAUCUUGCUAAGGCCUUAGCUUUAGAACUCUGCUGCCCCAUCUGCUUGCAACUCUUCUCCGAGCCUGUGUCGCUGCCCUGCGGUCACAUCUACUGCCACGUCUGCAUUCAAACUCUGGGAGAAGGGCUGGACCGUCACUGCUGUCCUGAGUGUCAGAAAGACUACCAGGAGAGCCAAGCUGUGGUGACCUGUUCCAAAAUGUGCAAUAUUGUCGAGUCGUUCAAAACUGCAGUUGGUAAAGUCCAGCUGCCUGCAUGUGGUGCGGUUGAGGAUGAAACAAAAUGCCACUUGGAUGUAACUAAAGAGAGCUCAGGAAGUGAGGUAAAAUACUUGAAAUCCAAAGAGUUUGAAUUGACUAAUUUUGGACUGGCAUCUCAAGUCACAGACCUGGCCGUCCACUUGGAGAUGGCGGAGGAUGUGCUGGGGAAGGAGAAGGAGCAGCAAGCGAAGCUGAUGGAAGCUCAUGAGCAGUUGAGAGAAAAGGCAUCGGAAGAGCUGCGCCAGCUGAGUGAUGUAGUGCGGAAGUACAGCGCUGAGGUGAUGCGGCUGCUGGAUGAAGAGCUCUCUCCGAGCGAAGCCAGCGCGAGCCACAGGGUAGGUCAGGCCGCCCGCCUCGCCAAGCAGCUGAGACAAGUUCUCCUCAGAGCCGAGUCACUCCUGACCGAGGGAGACGAGGCCGCGUUCGUAGAAGACUUUCGAGACCUGCAGCCACACAUUGCCGAGAUGACGAGAAAAAACACUGAAAAAAUUCAGGGCCGCAUGGAGCCAGAAGACGACCCCGUUCGAAUCCUUCCCAAGUUGGAGAACAUGAACGGCAAGCUUAGGGAAAGCCUCGGCGUCAUUCAGCGCUCCCUUCGCAAUGUCCUCAAUCCGUCUGAGCUGACGUUUGACAUCAGGACAGCUCAUCCGAACCUCAUCCUCUCGGAAGACUUGAAGACUGUGACAUUCAGCGCCACCAAGCAGCCAUACCCGCCUUCCUCCCAGAGAUUCACCAGCUUCUUCCAAGUCCUCAGCUCCCAGAGCUUCUCCGAAGGCAACCAUCGCUGGGAGAUGGAGCUUGAUGGUGCUCCGUGGAUCGUGGGCUUGUGUCAAAGCGGGGAGCUGGAGCGGAGCGGGAUUUCGUCGGCGCUGGAAAGCAACCGGUGCUCCUGGUGCCUGAUGUGGUUCGACAACUUGCUGACGGCCUUCGAGCGGGGUCGCGAUGUGCCGCUCAAGAGAACCACGGUCUCGUGCAGGCUCGAGAUCAGGCUGAGCUUCAGAAGCCGCACGUUCAGUUUCUACCACAUCAGCCCCACCGGUGGCAAGACACUCGUGUACACAUUCGAAGCAAACUUGACUGAACCUGUGCACCUGGCCUAUCGGAUGAUGUCAGGGAAUCCGAAAGCACGUGUCACCAUCAUUUCAUGAGAGCUUUUGGGAGUGGCAGUCAUGCAUUUGGCACGUGAGCCUUUAGUGAGGAAUGAGAACCAACUUACUCCAUCUUUUAGUACCACAAAUGUCAUGUCGCAAUUAAAGAAACCAUCAAUCAAGUG